UCAAAUUUCUUGAAGAAAAAAUCAAAAAAAAUAAUUUGAAAAUCGGAAGAAAAAAUUUAAUAAUUACAAUUUAAUUUGUCUUCUACUAGAAAAAUGUCUUGAAUAAUGCAUUCCGACUGUUCGUCACUUCAAGGAGAACUCAAAACAAUGGAAUUAUGGGAAACUGUUGUUCAUUAUUUAGUAACAAUAAAUCCAAAAGGAACAAGGAUAUCACAGUCAUUUUGACCGGAUUAGAUGAUUCCGGCAAAACAACCAUGGCCAAACGACUGAUUGGAGAACCUGUGGAAAACGUUCUGAAGACGGUGGGAUUUUCAUUGAUUAAGCUGCGUCAUCAUAAAUACAACAUUAGUUUGUACGAUUUGGGAGGAAGCCCUCAAAUUCGAGAAAUAUGGAGCAAAUAUUACAUGGAUGCUCAUGGUGUGAUUUAUGUGGUAGAUGCCAGUGAUGUUGCUCGUUUACACGAAUCUAAACUCGUAUUCGCUAAUUUAUUAUCGCACGAGAAUAUUUCCGGAAAACCAGUGCUCCUACUGGCUAAUAAACAAGAUAAAGAAACUGCUCUCGAUGAACUAGACGUUGUCGAACAACUGGAUGUAGAAUACAUCGUGAACAAGUACAGGUGUCCAACCAGAGUAGAAAUUUGUUCAGCUUUGAAUCCAAAUAAUAUUAAAAUUGACUCCAGUAUCAUCAGUGGUUACAAGUGGCUUAUUGAUAUAAUUAUCGAAAACUAUAACGUGAUCAAUGAUAGAGUUCAGGUAGAUAUGGCAAAUUACGCCUUGCUCAUUCAACAAGACAGAGACGAAUGGAAAAAACGAGUCGAAUCUUCCGAAGAUAAAAUCAAUCCAGAAGAUGAGCCAGUGUUGAAAAAUGGGAAUCCAUUCGUACCUAUUGAUUCUUUAAUCAAAAAUAAACCAUCCGAUGCGAAAAGAUCACGAAAAAUUGAAAAUCACUCGAAACACGAUGAUAUAACUCCUAAUAAUACAGUAAUACAAGUUAAACCAGCUAAAACCCCCAUCAAAGGAGUACUCAACAGACAAGUAUCUUCGAUCAAGGAUGCAGUCAGAGACCAAACUGAAAAACUCAAUCAAAAAUACCAUCGACAUAAAAAGAAAUUCGUACGGUUUAAUAAAACAGCUCCAAUGCCAAUGGAUAUUCUAAUCAACAACGCAGCACAAUCUCGUCUCACUGUCAACGUAGCUGUUUCUACUUCUAGUGCCAAAGCUCAACCGUCUAUUCGAAAUUAUCUUCAGAACCGUCCUAAAACUGCACCUUCAAGACUGAAUCCAAUCAAGUUCAAAGAAGCAGCGUGGGAUUUGGCUGCUCCGUUGGAUAAUGCUUCUAGUUCGAAUGCUGAGAUAUUCACCGUUCACAAAGAGGCGUCUGAUUCUGAGGAUGUGGUUUCGUUUUUCUGAAAUUUCAUAAUUUCUUCGAUGUGUGGUAAUCUAGUUCGUGUAUUUUGAAGGGGAAGCUCAAAGUAUUAUCAUUUAUCUAGUCAUUGUGUUAGUCAGUUUUUUAUUUUUUUGAAAUAUUGAACGAUUUUGAGGGAUUCAAAUUGUAUUACAUGUUCUUUUUUUUUAUUUUUAUAUUUCGGUGCCUUAUUUUUUUAUACCAGUGGUAUGUGUACCAUAUUUUAUAUAUUGCACGUUUAUUAUUUUUAUUUUUUAAAGCAAUAAAUACGUUUUCAAGUUUACUAAUAAUUUAUUUAAUUCUUUCAAUCAUCAGAAAGAAAUCACAUCGUUUGAAAAUAUUCGCUGUAGUUUGAAAAAUUGAACUAGAGAAUAAUAAACUAAAGCCUGGAACGAAUACUGAUUUCUUAAAUAUAUAAACUGGAACGAAAAGGAACAACGUAAUAAGUAAAUAAUACUUUGGCACAGAAGACAGAAUGAAAUUUCAUUCGUUUACAUCGAAAUGAUUUUACUACAUUAAAAAAAUCUAACUAUAGCCUAAUUUGAAUUGAACUAAUCCCAUCACAAUGAUUUGCCUUUUGCGAGGAAAAUCUUCAUCAUAUGGAUUCGGAUAAACUUGCAAGCUUGACCCUAGUUUAAAAUAAUCACGUAAUUAUUGAACUUUCUGUCAAAACUAGAUUCUUAAUGACUCAUAGAAGU